AUGGACCCUAAUACGAUUGCGAAAAUGGACAUGGACGAUUUGUUAUCAAUGCAUGAUAUCAUGCGGACGCAGUUCGCCGAAGCCCUUGCCAACGACAGGAUCCCAUUGGAGGUUGAGAUCAUGCUACGAUCGACGACGGCGGAAAUGUGCAUCAAACUUGGCUCCCAGCUAGCCCGGCAACCACUUCUUGAAGAUGCCAUCCAGCACCGAGACACCAUUCGUGUUGGGGGCUCCCAGCAGGCCCUUGAAGAGUCCGUUCUCCAUGGCCGCCAAGCGAAUGAUGGGUUAAUUGGGCACGGCGUCGAAGAGGGGAAUCUAGACCUUCACCUCGAGAUCCUGACUAACUUGGGCCAUUCCCUGGUUCAAAGGUUCGAGCUGAAGGAGAACCCGCCCGACUUGGAGGAUUCCAUCGCCUGCAAGCGGGAGAUUCUGGCCAAGGCAUCCAGGAACUCCGAGCGGUAUCUCACGGCGCUCAACAAUCUUGCUUCAUCAUUGCGCCUGCGCUAUAUGUGCACGGAAGAAGACGAAAACGAAAGAGAAGCCAGUGACUUAUUUCGAGAGCUGCUGUCAUCGGCUGCGCCUGGAACACCGCUGCACAACGCCGCCAUAGGCCAGAUCGGCGCUACAGCUGUGAUGAAGUUCAGGAUAAAGAAGACGCCAGAAGUACUGGACGACGCAAUCGCAAAUUGCAAGAUUGGCUUGGAGGCACAUAGCCCGGUGGACGACGGCUGGAAGCCGAUGUUUAGCAUGCUCGUCGAGCUCUACACCGAGAAAUUCAACUAUACUGGCAAUCCGACAGACUUGAAAGUACUCGUCGACGCUUCAUGGCGCCACUACGAAUCGAUACCGGCUGGACAUCAAAAUCAAGGAGACGCAUUCCUGAAACACAUCAAGACAUUGCGCGAAUGCGCAUUUCAGCUUCAGCCUGUACAUAUGUUGGAGCACAUCAGUGAGAAAUGCCAUACCGCGCUCGAAAGCAUGCCGGCGGACUCUGCGACCAGGACCCUGUCGCAGGCCGAGUAUUCCCACAUUCUGGGUACCCUGUUGGACCUCAUCGAUGUCGUCGAGCAUGGCCUGUCUAUGUCGGCCGACUUCAAUGCGCUCGUCAGAGCCAGCUCGAGCCUAUUCCUCUUAGAGAUAGAUCCAUACUGGUACACCGAUCUAGCUAGCAAGCUGCAUGCGUUGGCUGGGGCAUCACCCGACAAUCCUAUGCGUCAAACUGUGGAGGAAGAGAUGCUCGCCGUUUUCAAAUCACACUACGACUUUGAGGCCAAACGCUACGCACUUAUGGCUUUGGAUGGCCUCUUCGAGUACAAUGACACAAGAUUCCAGAUCCUGACAGCUGCUGCGGCGAAUAAAAUGAACCUAUCGAACGAUGAGAUUGAGCGGAAGAUCGUCGAGCUCAAUACUGAGAGUGACGAGUCAGUGGAAGAGCAGGAUGAGAUACCGGAAGAACACGCCAAUCCAUUCAAUCUGGUCCCUGGUCAGCGUUUGGUGAACAUCGAUCCCCAAGAUGGGCACAUGGUUUUCGAUAUCAAAGAUUGGGUCAAGACUCUUAUAGGUCAGGGUGACGAUCUCCGUUCAGACAGCAGCCCUCCCCCCGUCUCUGUUCUAGUCAAUAACGACGAGAGAUUGGAACGAAAGAUGUUUCGAAAAGCUCGCGCGGCAGGAAGGCAGACCAAUCCCGGUCUGUGCUACUGGUGUCAGUGGCUCUGCAAACUCGUGGACCCAACAGACGGAGAUAUUCUAGACGGCUUUGCCGGCAUCUUCGCCGUUCUGGAUGAGCUGCACUUGCAAGAGUCUGUUGAUAGCAUCACGGUGUAUGGAGUGCCUGAGGCCUUCUUCAUCCACGCGCUUCUCUGGACGCCUGCCGCCAAGAUCUCGCGCAGACAGGCAACAGUCCCUCCUCAGAGUGACGUCGACGUCGGAGACCAACCGAAUCCGAGAUUUCCCAGCUGGUCGGGGGCCGGCUGGGGCGGCCCCGUGGACUAUCGACUGUUCGAGGGGGUUCAACAUGCGCUUGACCGGCCCGAGUCUCUGGUACGCAAGUUCAAGCUGGAUGGCUAA